CAACAAAACCCACCUUGCCAAGCCAACCCUCCCCCCCCCCCCUCUCUCUCCCCCCUCAUCUUCUUCCAUACAAAUAACUAAAUAAGGCAAAAACAAAAUAUAUAUUCACUUAUUUGAUUAAUUAUCGUACGACGUCGUUACUUGUUGUUUGGUCAUACAUACGAUUCCGUUUCAACACACAAGCAAAUUAGCAGUAAUCAAUUAAAAAGAAGAAGAAGAAGGAAGAAAGAUGGUGGGUCUGUUUUCAAGGUUUUCUGUCAGCAGAAACGGCCAUCGUCGCUCUCAAAGUGCACUUGAUGAAAGGGUGGUUAUACCCCCGGAUAUAGUGGCCACAGAAACGACGAGUGGUGUUGCGGGAGUUAUGUCUACUCCUCAUCAUGGAAUCGAAGCUGUAGUUGAGUUUAAACCAGUCGAACAUCCUAUGGAGCCUCUUGACAUGGAUCAACCCAUUCCAUGCCCAUUGCCAGAGCCUUCAAUUCUCAAUGAUGGGAGAAUAUGGAAAGAGCGCGUAUCAGCAGGGGUUCAAAGGAAUAGGGGCGACUUAUCCAUAAUGGAAGAAGACACAACACAACAACGACCACCUCAACCCGAAACACCUAAAAUGAAAUCACGACCUCGAACAAAUCGCAUGAUACUACCAUCAAUCAGUGCACCCGAACAUAACAUCCUAAAACUCCUUGAAGAGUCCGGGAUGUAAGUUUUAUAUAUGUAUGCCAUGAUGAAUUCUUCAAACAUGGUAACCGUUUGCCUAUAUUAAAUUAUAGAAUUCCAACUUUUAUAUAUCCACUUCACUUAUACAUGUAUCGUACCUACCAAAAACAUAAACAAAACGCAUAUAUUUCAUGUAUAUACUCUAAAUCAAGCUGUUUACCGCGGCCAUCUCUAUAUAUAUAUGUAUGUUCUCUUGCA